ACGUCCUCUAGGACACAGCAUCAGAAAUAAACAGAGCAAAAGAAAGAACAGUGCAGAAUCAAGCUAUCAAAUUCUUUCCAGUGAAAGCAACAAUGGCGGUCAAGACCAGCAAUCUCGCACUCAUCCUUCUCAUUGUGUCAGCUUUCCUUCUGGCAGCAUCAGCAGCCGCGGCAGCGGAAGGAGAAUGGACUCCGAAGCUCGGGACGGUGAUCGGAAUCGACCUUGGAACAACCUACUCGUGUGUUGCCGUUUCGAGAAACGGCCACGUGGAGAUCAUCGCCAACGACCAAGGCAACCGGAUCACACCCUCGUGGGUCGGGUUCACGGACUCGGAGCGCCUCAUCGGCGAGGCCGCCAAGAAUCAGGCACCUCAGAAUCCAGAACGCACCAUCUUCGACGCCAAACGCCUCAUCGGAAGAAGGUUUGAUGAUCCGGAGGUUCAGAAGGAUUUGAAAUUACUCCCAUACAAAGUUGUGAACAAGAAGGGGAAGCCGUACGUUGAAGUGAGAAAAGACGGAGAGACCAAAACAUUUAGCCCCGAGGAAAUUAGCGCCAUGGUGUUGAACAAGAUGAAGGAGACGGCUGAAUCUUUCCUGGGAGAGAAGGUUAAACACGCAGUCAUCACCGUUCCAGCUUACUUCAACGACGCGCAGAGACAAGCGACCAAGGAUGCAGGGACAAUAGCAGGGAUGAACGUGGUCCGAAUCAUCAACGAGCCGACCGCGGCGGCAAUCGCCUACGGGCUGGACCAGAAGGGGAAAGAGAAGAACAUCCUGGUCUUCGACCUCGGCGGCGGGACAUUCGACGUCAGCAUCCUAACCAUCGACAAUGGAGUCUUCGAGGUGUUGGCGACCAGCGGCGACACUCAUUUAGGAGGGGAAGAUUUCGACCACAGAGUAAUGGACUACUUCAUCAAGCUGAUUCAGAGGAAGUACGGGAAAGACAUUAGCAAGGACAACAAGGCCCUGGGGAAGCUGCGGAGGGAGUGCGAGCGAGCCAAGAGGGCGCUGAGCAGCCAGCACCAGGUCCGAGUCGAGAUCGAGUCGCUGUUCGACGGGGUCGAUUUCUCCGAGCCGCUGACCAGGGCGAGGUUCGAGGAGAUGAACAUGGACCUGUUCAAGAAGACAUUGAGGCCCGUGAAGAAGGCGAUGGAGGACGCGAGGCUGAAGAAGUCGGAGAUCGACGAGAUCGUGCUCGUCGGAGGGAGCACUCGGAUUCCCAAGGUUAGGGAGCUGCUCAAGGAGAUGUUUGAUGGCAAGGAGCCGAACCAAGGUGUGAAUCCUGAUGAAGCUGUGGCUUAUGGCGCGGCGGUUCAAGAUAUAACUCGUACUAACACUGCUCGUAUUACUCAUACUCUAACGAUUGGUUAUCUUUUGCCCAUUGCAGACAUACUUCUAAUUGAUCUAACUCCCCUGAGUCUGGGUAUUGAAACUGUUGGUGGUGUUAUGACUAAAUUGAUCCCAAGGAACACUGCCAUUCCCGCUAAGAAGUCACAAGUGUUCAGCACAUACCAAGACCAACAAACAACUGUAUCAAUCAAGGUAUACCAAGGAGAAAGAGCCCUGACGAAGGACUGCAAGGAGCUAGGCCAAUUCGACCUCUCCGGCAUCCCACCAGCACCAAGAGGCGUGCCCCAGAUUGAAGUGACGUUCGAAGUGGACGUGAACGGGAUCCUGAGCGUGACAGCUGAAGACAAGGCAGCGAAGAAGUCGCAAUCGCUGACGAUCACAAACCACAAGGGGACAUUGAGCCAGGAGGAGAUAGAGAUGAAGGUGAAGGAGGCUGAAGAAAUGGAGGAAGAGGACAGGCAGGUGAAGGAACGAAUCGACUCGAGGAACAAACUGGAGAGCUACGUGUACAACAUGAAGAGCACGGUUGGUGAUGGAAAUGGCGUCGGAGGGAAGAUUGGGGAGGAAGAGAAGGAGAAGGUGGAGAGGGUUUUGAAGGAAGCUUUGGAGUGGUUGGAGGAGAAUGAAGGGGUGGCUGGGAAGGAUGAUUAUGAUGAGAAGUUGAAGGAAGUUGAGGAUGUCUGUAAUCCGGUGAUUAAGGGAGUUUAUGAACAGCAGCAACAGCAGAGUGGAAGGAAUGAUGGUGAAGAUGAUGAUGAAGAGGGUUCUUAUGACGAGCUAUAGGCUGGCUGAGGCUGACUGGCAAUGGUAGAUGGAUUAUAAAGAUUGUUUUAUGUAGUUAUGUUCUUUGGGUUAUAGGUUUUUGAGUUUGAAUAUAUAUUGAUUAAUUGAUUGGGCUGGGAUUGAGGUGUAAAAUAGAUUUUGCUUCUUCGUUUUUACUCUAGUAUUUUUAUAUAUUGGGUUUCAAAUAAAA